ACAUGUGGAGGAGGUAAGAAGAGGAUUGUUGCCGAGGACCCAUUCAGCUGUCAGAGAUAACGUCGCUCAGGCUGCUCUUACCUGGAGUUUCAUUGCCAUGGACUUAACCGAGGAUAGGACUGUGGAAAUUAUCCCGUGCUGACCCACUUCUUCCCGCGGUUCUCUCUGCCUCUAUCCUUUGACGCCUUCAUUUUAGUUCUGUCAGGUGUUAUCACCACAGAGAAACCAUGUCAGACAAAAUGUCCAGUUUCCUCCAUAUCGGGGACAUUUGUUCCCUGUAUGCAGAAGGCUCCACCAGUGGAUUUAUCAGCACUUUAGGGCUUGUGGAUGAUCGCUGUGUGGUACAACCAGAUACAGGUGACCUCAACAACCCCCCUAAGAAAUUCAGAGAUUGCCUUUUCAAACUGUGUCCUAUGAACAGAUACUCGGCACAGAAACAGUUCUGGAAGGCAGCAAAACCUGGAGGCAACAGCACUACUGACACAGUCCUCCUCAAUAAACUUCAUCAUGCUGCUGAUCUUGAGAAGAAGCAGAAUGAGUCUGAAAACCGAAAGCUGCUGGGGACAGUUAUCCAGUAUGGAAAUGUCAUUCAGUUGCUGCACUUGAAAAGCAAUAAAUACCUGACAGUGAACAAGCGCUUACCUGCACUGUUGGAGAAGAAUGCCAUGAGAGUGACGUUGGACUCGGCAGGAAACGAGGGAUCCUGGUUCUACAUCCAGCCUUUCUACAAGCUCAGAUCCCUGGGAGACAGUGUGGUGAUUGGAGAUAAAGUAGUCCUUAACCCCGUCAAUGCUGGACAACCUCUGCAUGCAAGCAGCCACCAGCUAGUUGACAACCCAGGGUGCAAUGAGGUUAAUUCUGUGAAUUGCAACACAAGUUGGAAAGUUGUUCUCUUCAUGAAAUGGAGUGACAACAAGGAAACGAUACUCAAGGGGGGCGAUGUAGUCCGGUUGUUCCAUGCGGAGCAGGAGAAAUUUCUCACUUGUGACGACUAUAGGAAGAAGCAAUAUGUUUUUCUUAGGACAACCGGUCGGCAGUCUGCGACUUCUGCCACAAGCAGCAAAGCACUGUGGGAAGUUGAGGUGGUUCACCAUGACCCAUGCAGGGGAGGUGCAGGCUACUGGAACAGCCUUUUCAGGUUUAAACAUUUGGCCACAGGGUGCUAUUUGGCUGCUGAGGUGGGUGAGGUGAAUCCCGACUUUGAGGAGGAGAAUGCCGAGCAGCGGCCCUCUGUGGUGGACUUUACACCCUUUAAUUUCCAGCUGGAUGGAGAUAAUGAAGCUUUACGCGGUCGCCUGCGGGGUCCACAGGAGAAAAUCAUGUACACUUUGGUGCCUGUUCCUGAUGGUAUGGAUAUUUCCUCCAUCUUUGAGCUGGACCCAACCACUCUGAGAGGCGGGGACUCCAUGGUGCCCAGGAGCUCCUACGUGAGGCUACGACAUCUGUGCACCAACACAUGGGUUCAUAGCACCAACCUCCCCAUUGACAAAGAGGAGGAGAAGCCUGUUAUGCUACGGAUUGGAACAUCAGCAGUAAAGGAAGACAAAGAAGCGUUUGCCAUUGUCCCAGUGCCACCAGCAGAAGUGCGUGAUUUAGACUUUGCUAACGAUGCAAGUAAAGUGUUGGCGUCCAUUGCUGGAAAGCUGGAAAAGGGUACCAUUACACAAAAUGAAAGGAGGUUUGUGACAAAGCUCCUGGAAGAUUUAGUUUUUUUCGUGGUAGACAUCCCCAACAGUGGGCAGGAUGUCUUGGAGAUCAUGGUCAACAAACCUAACAGGGAAAGACAGAAACUCAUGAGAGAGCAGAAUAUUCUUAAACAGAUUUUCAAACUUCUUCAAGCCCCUUUCACUGACAGCGGUGAUGGUCCCAUGCUCCGACUGGAAGAGCUGGGAGACCAGCGCCACGCACCGUUUAGACAUAUUUGCAGACUUUGCUACAGAGUGCUCCGCCAUUCCCAGCAGGAUUACAGGAAGAACCAAGAAUAUAUAGCCAAACAGUUUCGCUUCAUGCAGAAACAGAUAGGAUAUGAUGUAUUGGCAGAAGACACAAUAACGGCUUUACUUCACAACAACCGGAAGCUGCUGGAAAAACACAUAACUGCUGCUGAGAUAGACACAUUCGUCACACUAGUGAGGAAGAACCGGGAACCAAGGUUUCUGGACUACCUGUCAGAUCUCUGUGUGUCCAUGAACAAAUCCAUCCCUGUGACACAGGAGCUCAUCUGCAAUGCUGUGCUGGACUCUAGCAAUGCUGACAUCCUCAUUGAAACCAAAUUGGUUCUGUCGAGGUUUGAGAUUGAGGUGGCGACAAACGGGGACAUUCCAGUGGAGGCGGAAGAUGAAGAGGAGGUGUGGCUCUUCUGGAAAGAUAACUCUAAGGAGAUCCGGAGUAAGAGCAUCCGGGAGUUGGCCCAGGAUGCAAAGGAAGGCCAGAAGGAGGAUCAGGAAGUGGUCAGCUACUACAGGUGCCAGCUGAACCUUUUUGCCCGGAUGUGUCUGGACCGUCAAUAUCUCGCCAUCAACAAGAUCUCCGGUCAGCUGGACGUGGAUUUGAUCCUGCGCUGUAUGUCCGAUGAGGACCUGCCGUACGACUUGAGAGCAUCUUUCUGCCGUCUGAUGCUGCACAUGCAUGUCGACCGUGACCCUCAGGAGCAGGUCACGCCUGUCAAAUAUGCUCGUCUGUGGUCUGAGAUUCCGUCUAAAAUCGCUAUUGAUGACUAUGACAACGAUGGGACCACACGGGAUGAGAUCAAAGAGCGCUUCAGCCUCACCAUGGAUUUUGUGGAGAACUACCUGAGAGAGGUGGUGUCGCAGAAUAUUCCCUUCUCUGACAAGGAGAAAAACAAGCUUACUUUCGAGGUUGUGAACCUGGCGAGGAACCUCAUAUACUUUGGUUUUUACAACUUCAGUGACCUGCUUCGACUGACAAAGAUCUUACUGAACAUUUUAGACUGCGUACACGUCAACACCAUCUACCCCAUUAACAAGAUAGAGAAGGAAGAGGAAAACAAAGGUGGCAGUAAUGUGAUGAAGUCCAUUCACGGAGUUGGGGAGCUGAUGACCCAGGUGGUGCUGCGAGGAGGCGGUUUGCUGCCCACCACACCAACUCAUCAGCCUGAGGGCGAUGUGGUUAAAACUCAGACUGAACCGGAGAGAGAAGAUAUCAUGGUCAUGGACACAAAACUCAAGAUCAUUGAGAUUCUGCAGUUCAUCUUGAACGUACGGCUAGACUACAGGAUCUCCUGCCUGCUCUGUAUUUUCAAACGAGAAUUUGAUGAGAACAACCCACAAGGAGACAACACUGCUAUUCAGAAUGGAUCCAUUAAUGUCACAGGUCCGAUGCCAGGAAAUUUUGACUUUGAAAACAUUGAGGAACAAGCAGAAGGGAUCUUUGGAGGAAGUGAAGAAAACACCCCACUAGACCUGGAUGACCAUGGUGGUCGCACUUUCCUGCGGGUCCUUCUGCACCUGACCAUGCAUGACUACCCACCCCUCGUGUCUGGAGCGCUUCACCUGCUCUUCAGACACUUCAGCCAGAGACAAGAAGUCCUCAUGGCCUUCAAACAAGUCCAGCUCCUGGUGACCAGUCAGGAUGUUGAGAACUACAAGCAGAUCAAGUCAGAUCUGGACCAGCUGCGUUCUAUUGUGGAGAAGUCUGAACUGUGGGUUUACAAAAGGCAAGGAGAAGAUGGGAUGGAUGGAGAUGGCCCCUCAGAAUCUGACAACAAAAAGAAGGGAGAUUCAGAUAAGAAGAAGACUGAAAGUACCAGCAGUUACAACUACAGAGUUGUAAAAGAGAUCCUGCUGCGCCUCAGUAAGCUGUGUGUCCAGGAGGGAAGCUCAGGGAAAAAGAGCAGGAAACAGCAGCAGAGGCUGCUGAGGAACAUGGGAGCUCACAGUGUGGUGCUAGAACUCCUACAGAUCCCCUAUGAGAAGGGUGAGGAUGUACGGAUGCAGGAAAUCAUGAAAUUGGCCCACGAGUUUCUGCAGAAUUUCUGUGCAGGAAAUCAGCAGAACCAGGCUCUUCUCCACAAGCAUAUAAACUUAUUUCUCAACCCGGGGAUCCUGGAGGCCGUCACCAUGCAGCACAUCUUCAUGAAUAACUUCCAGCUCUGCAGCGAGAUUAACGAGCGUGUGGUUCAGCACUUUGUCCACUGUACUGAGUCGCAUGGUCGCCAUGUCCAGUAUCUCAAGUUUCUGCAAACCAUUGUCAAGGCCGAGAACAAGUUCAUCAAGAAGUGUCAGGACAUUGUCAUGGCAGAGCUGGUAAACUCCGGCGAGGAUGUCCUGGUGUUCUACAACGACCGUGCCUCAUUUCAGACACUUGUCCAGAUGAUGCGUUCAGAGCGGGAUCGCAUGGAUGAAAACAGUCCCCUGAUGUACCACAUACACCUGGUCGAACUGCUGGCCGUUUGCACCGAGGGCAAGAACGUCUACACCGAGAUCAAGUGCAACUCUCUGCUGCCCCUGGAUGAUAUUGUGCGGGUUGUCACCCAUGAAGAUUGUAUUCCUGAGGUGAAGAUUGCCUAUAUCAACUUCCUGAACCACUGCUAUGUGGAUACAGAGGUGGAGAUGAAGGAGAUUUAUACAUCCAACCACAUGUGGAAGCUGUUUGAGAACUUCCUGGUGGACAUUUGUAGGGUGUGCAACAACACCAGUGACAGGAAGCACGCGGACACCAUGCUGGAGCGUUAUGUAACCGAAACAGUCAUGAGUAUUGUCACAUGUUUCUUCAGCUCUCCUUUUUCUGACCAGAGCACAAGCCUUCAGACCCGUCAGCCCGUUUUUGUACAGCUUCUUCAAGGAGUGUUUAGGGUUUACCACUGUAACUGGCUUAACCCUGUCCAGAAGGCCUCAGUUGAGGCUUGCAUUAAAGUACUGUCAGACGUGGCUAAGAGCAGAGCCAUUGCUAUCCCAGUGGACCUGGACAGUCAGGUGAACAACUUGUUUGUCAAGUCCAACAAUGUCGUGCAGAAGAGCAUCCUCAACUGGAGACUGUCUGCUAAGAACACAUCCAGGCGAGACUCCGGCCUGACCACCUCAAAAGACUACAGAAACAUCAUUGAGAGGCUACAGGACAUCGUGUCUGCCCUAGAGGACCGUUUGAGACCUCUGGUCCAGGCUGAGCUCUCGGUGCUGGUGGAUGUCCUGCAUCGUCCGGAGCUGCUCUUCCCUGAAAACACGGAUGCUCGCAAGAAAUGUGAAAGUGGAGGAUUCAUAUCAAAACUGAUCAAACACACCAAACAGUUGCUAGAAGAGAACGAGGAGCGCCUGUGCAUCAAAGUACUGCAGACACUGAGGGAAAUGAUGUCAAAAGACCGGGGCUAUGGGGAGAAGCUGAUUGCCUUUGAUGAUGAAAUGGAUGUGGCUGAGCUGGCACCUCCACCUGAGCCCGAAAUCCCGGCCGAGGAGCUUGAUCCCAACCAGCCACUGAAGCAACUGGAGGAUCAAAGGAGGGGAGAGGCUCUGCGGCAGAUUUUGGUCAAUCGAUACUAUGGUAAUAUCAAAGCUGGCCAGAGGAGAGAUAGCCUUACAACCUUCAGUAACGGCCCACUCACGCCAGGAGCGCAAGGGAAAUCACCUACAGUUGUCAGCUCCGGGGUCGGAGGUCGAGGGGAGCUGAGCUUAGCAGAGGUCCAGUGUCACCUGGACAAAGAAGGGGCUUCUGAUCUGGUCAUUGACCUCAUCAUGAACGCCACCAGCGAUCGGAUUUUCCAAGAGAGCAUAUUAUUAGCCAUUGCACUCCUGGAGGGUGGAAACACAGUCAUUCAGAGGUCAUUCUACCAUCGUUUAACGGGAGACAACAAGUCUGAGAAAUUCUUUAAAGUGUUUUAUGAGCGGAUGAAGCUGGCCCAGCAGGAGAUCAAAGCCACUGUGACUGUCAAUACCAGUGACCUGGGCAGCAAGAAAAAGGACGAGGAACCACCAGACAAAGACACACCGGCACGCAAGAAAGUGAAAGAUAUGCCGGUAGUGGCGAUGGUGACUGAGGAAGUGAAGGAGCAGCUAGUUGAGGCCUCUGCGGUCACCAAGAAGGCUUACACAACUUAUCGUCGUGAGGCUGAAGCCGAAGAGCACCAAGCUGCAGCCGAUGGCUCUCCUGUCCCAGCUGCUGAUAAGAGCCAGGAAGAGGGCGAGAUGAGCGUUACCAUCACUAUCAUGCAGCCCAUCUUGCGCCUCAUGCAGCUGCUGUGUGAGAACCACAACAGAGAUCUGCAGAAUUUUCUACGCAACCAGAAUAACAAGAACAACUAUAAUCUGGUGUGUGAGACUCUUCAGUUCUUGGACUGCAUCUGUGGCAGCACCACAGGAGGACUGGGGCUUCUGGGACUUUACAUCAAUGAGAAGAAUGUAGGACUCAUCAACCAGACUGUGGAGAGCCUUACUGAAUACUGCCAAGGCCCCUGCCACGAGAACCAGAACUGCAUUGCCACACAUGAGUGCAAUGGCAUUGACAUCAUCAUUGCUCUCAUCCUGAAUGACAUCAACCCCCUUGGCAAGAAGAGGAUGGAUCUGGUGUUGGAACUCAAAAAUAAUGCCUCCAAGCUGCUUCUCGCAAUAAUGGAGAGUCGCCAUGACAGCGAGAAUGCCGAGAGGAUACUGUAUAAUAUGAGACCUAAAGAGCUGGUGGAGGUGAUCAAAAAGGCCUACAUGCAGGGAGAGAUAGAGGUUGAGGAGCCGCAGGAGGGUGAGGAUGGAGAGGAGGAGCACUCCGCGUCUCCACGCAAUGUCGGUCAUAACAUCUACAUCUUGGCACAUCAAUUAGCCCGCCACAACAAGGAGCUGCAAGCUAUGUUAAAGCCAGGAGGGACAUAUGGCGAGGGCGACGAGGCCCUGGAGUUCUAUGCUAAACACACCGCUCAGAUUGAGAUUGUGCGGCUGGAUCGCACUAUGGAGCAGAUUGUCUUCCCUGUGCCCAACAUCUGCGAGUUCCUCACUCAGGAGUCCAAGCUGCGUGUAUACUACACCACAGAGCGAGAUGAGCAAGGUAGCAAGAUCAAUGACUUCUUCCUGCGCUCUGAGGAUCUCUUCAAUGAGAUGAAUUGGCAGAAGAAGCUGCGAGGUACUCAAGAGGCUACUGGUAACACAAACACCGUACCCUCCCAGCCCAUCCUGUAUUGGUGCUCCAGGAACAUGUCAUUCUGGAGCAGCAUCUCCUUCAACCUGGCUGUGCUCAUGAACCUCCUCGUGGCCUUCUUCUACCCUCUGGAAGGCAUCCGUGGAGGCACUCUGGAGCCCCAUCUGUCUGCCCUGCUGUGGAUGGCUAUGCUGGUUUCACUGGCUAUUGUCAUAGUGCUGCCUCAGCCUCACGGUAUCAGGGCACUCAUUGCCUCCACCAUCCUGCGCCUGAUCUUCUCGGUGGGCCUCGAGCCCACAUUGCUCCUACUGGGAGCCUUUAAUUUAUGUAAUAAGGUCAUCUUCCUGAUGAGCUUCGUUGGAAACCGAGGAACCUUUACACGUGGAUACAAAGCCAUGAUUAUGGAUGUCGAGUUCUUGUACCACCUGCUCUACCUGAUUAUCUGCACCUUGGGGGUCUUUGUCCAUGUCUUCUUUUACAGUCUACUACUCUUUGACCUGGUUUACCGAGAAGAAACCCUGCUGAACGUAAUAAAGAGCGUAACCCGCAAUGGCCGCUCAAUUGUUCUGACAGCUGUGUUGGCGCUUAUCCUCGUCUACCUCUUCUCUAUUGUGGGAUACAUCUUCUUCAAGGACGACUUUAUUUUGGCUGUCGACCGGAUACCCAACAAAACUCUCGAGCAUGGAGCCAGCAUGGUGGGAGAGUUCGUCUCUGGUGGAGUUUGUCAGAAAGAAAAUGGAGAAAACUGCUCAGCAGAGGCCGCGAUGGAUGCUUCCCUUGCCAUCCAGCCAUCAGCGGUAGUGAUUGAAGACAAGGAGCGGACGUGCGAUUCCUUGCUCAUGUGUAUUGUCACAGUACUGAGUCACGGCCUCAGGAGUGGGGGAGGUGUCGGGGACGUCCUACGGAAACCAUCCAAAGAGGAACCACUUUUUGCAGCAAGAGUUAUCUACGACCUGCUCUUCUUCUUCAUGGUCAUCAUUAUUGUCCUCAACCUCAUCUUUGGUGUCAUCAUUGACACAUUUGCUGACCUGAGAAGUGAGAAGCAGAAGAAAGAGGAAAUUCUCAAGACAACAUGUUUUAUUUGCGGUUUGGAAAGAGAUAAGUUUGACAACAAGACGGUCACCUUUGAAGAGCACAUCAAAGUUGAGCACAACAUGUGGCACUACUUGUUCUUCAUUGUCCUGGUGAAGGUCAAGGACUCAACAGAGUACACUGGCCCAGAGAGCUAUGUGGCUGAAAUGAUCCGGGAGCACAACUUGGACUGGUUUCCACGAAUGCGGGCCAUGUCUUUGGUCAGCAGUGACGCAGAUGGGGAGCAAAAUGAGAUCAGAAAUCUGCAGGAGAAACUGGAGUCCACAAUGAAACUGGUGUCCAACCUCUCAGGCCAGCUGACCGAGCUCAAGGAACAGAUGACAGAGCAGAGGAAGCAGAAGCAGCGGAUCGGCCUUUUGGGACACCCUCAGCACAUGAACGUCAACCCUCAGCAGCCUGCGUGAGGUCGACCGGCACACAGCCCUGAAGGAGCUCAGCGCUGGCUUUGCGCCCAGGUGGAGCGCGCACUCCUCACGCCGAGGUUGCACAUAAUGUAUACUGCACUGAGUGUAACUUAUAACGGUAGGGAAACACUGUAACAUAGGUAGUCAUAAGGCGAUGUGUAGCUCUACCCACCACGCAUGUGUUACUCUAGAACGUGACACUCACCCACCUCAUUCUGUUCAGGCCUGUCAGAACUGGUGCCAAAUGUUUCCUAGGUAGAAAUCAUUUGGAUUUCUCAACACAUGGCCUUCACUGGUUGAACUUGAAAUGGGGGGAAAAAGCUGACUGGACAAGAGGGAAUAGUCCCAUUUGUUGUUCUUUUUUUAAUUUUAUUGUUCUCUAUUUAUAUUUCUAGAAUAAUGAGCAGUAUUACACGUCUUAUUUUUGUAUGUUGUGCAAUAUAUUAACUUAAAUAUGCAACCUCUUUGGUGUGUGGGUUUAAAUUCCAUCAGUUAUGUCGUAUUUAAAAGCACAGCCCAAUGUUUUGUCUCUGGAUAAAAUAGAGAGCUGUUGGUUGUCUGUACUUACACACAGAUAGGGAUAAUAUUUAAUAAGCUGGCCUUCUCAGUUUUACUUUCUUCUUUUAUUUCUUGAAAAUGUGCAUACUUGUUGAGGGGCAACGGCACUCAGUAUAGAUAGCAUAUUGUUUGAGAGCAAUAUAUACGGAUAGUUUACUUUCACCUGUGUAAAGCCAACAGUGUCAUAUCUCAGUGCUAACUAAUUUUAUGAUAUAUUUGCUUUCUUAUUUAACUGGGUCGUAAAAGACAUUUAGUGCCACUCAUGCUAAUAUUUGCUCAGGAGUUGUGUCAUUUUUACAAUAAUAAGUGUCUGGAGUACAAUUUGUCCAGUUUUUGCAGCAGACUUCUUCCAUUUGUGCCUGUUUUUGGCCCUCGAGUUAAGUCUGAGACAUGUUUGCUGCUUGUGCUGAGUCACUUUUAUUUCCACCAAAACUCAUUAGUUGCUACUGUUAGACUUCUCUCAUUUUUGGACUACCUAUGUGUAUAUACAAUUUGUUGCUUACCUUCGCUUUUGUAUAGAAAAAUGACAAGAGGGGGGAAAAAAACUGUUACUUAUGAAUAUUAUAAUUACUUUAAAAAAUUUAGGCGCUAUCAAUUUGUAUACUGGAGUAGAAUUAUUUAUUAAAAUUGAUGUAAUUAUCCUUUA